AUGAAUUUAAUUGCAAACACAGGCAUAAUCAUAAAAAAGAAUUAACAAAUGUUUGAAAUGCCUCUCGAACUUGUAAAUAUCAUCUUGAAAAAUUUAGAAUUAAACAAAAUAAAUUGAAAAAAACAGGAAAAUAAAACAAUUCAUUUCCAUAUACUUGCAACUAUAUUAGCCGAUAAUUAGAAUUCCACUCCAAUACUCCCAUUUUCAUAUUCUAUUAUACUAUUCUAUGAUAAGUAUAAUUUUUUUUUAUUAGAUUCACCUACUUAGUUCAUACUUUUUGUUAUCAUUGUGUGUGUUUUGUCGAUCACACUGUAAUUAAUUUUUAGCUUUUUUAUUGAUCUGCAUAGUUUUGAGUUCAAAAUGAAAAAAUAGGACUUCUUAGGAACAUUUAAUACAUAAAAGGUCCAUAUUAUUUUUGUUUUUCAGACCUUACUUAUAAUUCUUUUAGGUUUAGAAGUCUAAUCCAUCAUAAUUUAAGUGUUUUACAUUAUAUUUUUGUUUGUCAAUAUCAUAAUGAGUUACAAUUAGCUAAUAUUUGUUGAAAUUCAAUUUUCAAGGUUGUAAUUACAUAUAUCAUGCUAUAUAUUGUUAUAUGAGAUUACUUUGCUGAUUGCAUAGUACAGACAUAUAGAAUUUGAUUUAAAUCUAAUAGGGUUAAUGCUGCUUGGAUACCCAUUUGUGUCUUAUAUUCUCUAAAUCAUAAUUGAAAGGUAGAAGUUAAAGUCUUUAAACUUUUCAUCCUAAUCUGUGGAGAAACAACUCAGAGUAAUUUAUUAUUUGUUCAAAAAACAAAUUAAAUUAAAGAAGGAAUAAAGAUCCUUAGAUCCCUUAGAAGCAUUAGCUAUGUAUUCAUUUAUAACAAAUCACCUGCGAUAUUGUUCAUUGAAUCGAGAAAGAAAAGUAUAAAAGCAAAUUAAGAUGAAAUUUAAAUGCUUCUGUGAAGAAUUCGCUGAUAGAGAUAAUUUUAGAUUUGAUUCAAUUGCUGAAAUGAAAUUGUUUGCUAAAGAAUUGAUUGCUUAAACCUUAGAGGAUGAGAUUCUUGAAACUUAGGAUACUUAUUUAGCCUUGAUAUACAUUUACUUUCUUGUUUAAGUCAAGAAAUUACCUACUCAAGCUAUUUAUGAAGUGAUUCGACUUUCAUUGUCAACUUAAGUAAGCUUUUUUUAAUUAUAAUAAAGGAAAUGGCUUUGAAAGAGAAGGCAAUUAUUUAUAAGUUAAAAUAUGAUGCAUUAGAAGAAUUUGAUAGUCUAGUAAAGAAAAAUGAUCUAAAGAAUUAGAAAUAUGUUUUCAAAAGAGUGUAUUAAUAUGAGGAAUCAUUAUCAGUGAUUAAAUAAAAUAUCAUAUUUAUUGUUCGUCAAUUUAAGGUAAUACGAUUUUUAUAUUUAGGAAUGGUAUGGAUUAAUCUUAACAUCAACAAUUGAUAUUGAUUCAUUAGUAUUAAUUGGAUUUAAUAUAUUAAAGAAUAUUAAAUUUGUAGAAACCUAAUUAUAAAAUGCAUUUUAGAUAAAUCCACUUUCAAAUGAGUGUGAUUCUUUGUAUAAUGUAUUUUAGAAAUAUCUUCAAUUUAAUAAAUCUAGACCCAAAUUAUAUAGAUAGGAAGGGAAACUGGUUCAAUAAUUUAUGCAUUCUAUUGAGAAGACUAUCUUUGAUCCUGGAAGUUGUGUGAUUUAAAUAACGUUAUUACAACCAAGGGGAAAUGUAUUAAGAUACACUAGAUCAUUCUAAUAAGCAAUAGGGUUUAAAGAUGAAGAGAUAAAGGAUCAAAACAUUCAUAGAUUCAUGCCAUAGAUAAUAGCAGAUGAUCAUGAUAAAUAUUUGGAUAAUUUUGUGGAGAGAGGCAGAAUUAUAGUUGUUCGAUCUGAAGUCAGAGUAAUCUUAGGGAAAAAUAAGGGACAAUUUUUGGUGCCUAUAAAUACAAGGUUGAGAAUAGAGACCAGUCCAACAGAGUUUGGAGCUACUGCCUUAAUUACUCCAGUGAAUUUAACAUUUGGAUAUAUGAUGUUGAAUGAGAAAGGAUAGAUAGAAGAAAUAACAUAAAAUAUCUUUGAAGAAAUGUUUCAAAAGAAUUUAGGCAUACAAGUAGGACAAUUAAGAGGCUUAGAUUGCUUAUUUUUUAUUCCAGAUUUGGCUAAGAUUUGGGAUGAAAUUUAUGAUGAAAAUUUUGAGAGAUUAGACAGAAAGUUUGAAUGUUAGUUUAUUAUUCCUAUGGUAUCCCAAUGUAGGAGUAUGUCUCAAUCCUAAAUUUCAAAGGGGAUUUCCAAAAAUUAUAUUUAAAAGUAGAUUUACAAGAAUUUUGAAAAUCAACCAACAGACAAUGCUAUCUAUUAGAUUUCAUUGCAUGUCAUGAGUUUAGUCACUAUAAAUUUGAAGUAUUAUUAUAUAAGUAAUCGAUUAGGUUAGUAAUCUUAGAAUUACAGGAUUUUAGAUUGCUGCCUAAUUAAAAAAUUACUAGUAAAUAGAUAAUUUAAUUAAGGGGCAGAACAAAUUAGUAAUUUAAUAUUUCACAAUUUCAAAAUACAACCAGCUAUAGAGAAUAACUAAGUAUACAAAAUUCUCCUUGGGUAAUAGAUUGUGAUCUAGAGUAUGAUCUCUUAUAAGAAGAAUAGAGAAUGAUCGAUGAAGUCAAGCAUCAAUUAGCCACUGUCAAUAUUACUAACACUACAAACCAUUAGCAAAUAUAAUUAAUCUAAUAUGCAUAAGAUGAUGAAUUCUUACUUCCAGAAUAAUAAUUAUAAUAAUAAGAUGAAUAAAUCAUUACUUCUGUUGUUAAAUUAGAUGAAGUCGAAAGACAAGGGAAGUUUCAGAAUUAAAACAAUAUGUCAAUUGGGAGUAGGUCUUCACAAAAUAAUCAAACAUCAUUGAAGAGAUAAAUGAAGGAAUGCAUUAGCGAUUAGACAAUUAUUCAUAAGAAAUUGGCUAUUAUACUAAUUAUAUUUUAUAGCUUAAUAAUUAGUUCUUAUGUUGUAAAUUUUCUGGUCUUUUAAAAGAAUUAUGAACAAGUUUAACUAAAUUAACUUAACUAGAACUUACCAUAUCAACUAUCAUACUUUUAUAACGAAUUCAUUAUAUCACACUAUUACAAAAAUCAUUAAAACAGUUUCCAAUUCCUGGAGCUAUAAUAGAUAUGCUUAGAUUUCUUUCAGUAAGAAAUUAAAAAUAUUGACAAAACCUUACAAAAUAUACCAGAAAUAUCAAAUAUAUUAAGCAAACCUUUAAAGUAGAAGAUUGUGGAAAUGAUUCAAUAGAUGGCUAAUUUAAUGUAAGAAAACAGCAUUGUAAAUGAAUCUGAGUAUCUGAGCAAUACUAAGGAUUUCUAAGAGAUUGUUCAAGUGUUGUAUUAAUCCGAUACGACUUAGAAUAUAACCAAUAUUUAGUAUAUGUAAACUAAUUAUAUUAUUUAUGACUAUGUUUUAUAGAGUUAUCGCUGAAGAAAUUGCGCUCGUCUUAUUUAUAUCGUGGUAUGCCUAUAAGUGUGUAGAAAUUAUUUAGAUGAAAACUAAAGUAUAUAAACUAUUUAGCACUUUUACAACUGAUGUGAUCCAAGAGUAGUACAUAAUAUUUUCUACACUCUAUUCCUUAAUGAAUUCCUCCAAGUUUAGGAGGGGAGAAACAAACGAAGACAGCUUUGAUUCUGUGAUAAAUAAAGCAUUUAUGAGGUAAAAUAGCCAUGCAUUAUUGGAAAAAUAUUAGAAAGUAGGAAAAAGGAUUAAAUAGCUCAGUAUUUAUAUUCUUAUUAUUUGCUUUAGAGAAUAAUUCAAUACAAAUAAUCUUUUUCUUGUUUGUUUUGAUUUUGAUAAUAGUUUGUUCUGUUUACUUUGUUGGUAGCUAUAUCUUGCACAAUAAUACAAUCAACUCCAUAAUCACAGAAUUCAAUGAUAAAAUCUUAUUCUCCAAAGCUUAUCACGAAAUAACUCAAGCCUUUGCUUAAACGGUGGUAUUUAUAAAUACGAACAUUACUGCCGAUAAAAUUGCUAUAUAAAAUUCAACUGUGAUUAAGCUUACAGAAUUGAAAAAGAAGUUGUCUCUUUAUUAAUAAGAUCAAACAAUCUAUAAUAUAGUUACAAAGGCUGCUUGUGACAUUUUCAAUUACUCAUUGUAACUAUAAACAUAAAGAUGUAAGGUCCGGUUUUCAGGCUUAUGAUGAACUCUUUUCUUAUGAACAAUGUACAAGCUAUUCAAUUCUAAUGAGGGGAUUGAGUGUGACCUAUGCUGACCUCUGCGAUUAAUAAUUACGAUUUUUCCAAGACAUCGUUGGUAACAGUUCACAAGAUUAUUUGAUAUCCAAUUAUUACUAAGUCACUUCAUAGAUUGAGAGAUUGUAUGAUUCAAUGGGAUUUUUUGUGAUUGUCUCGACAUUAACUAAUCAAAUCCAAGAACAAAUUUAAAAUAACAUAGACAUAAACAUCAUCAUGGUAGCCUUUUCAGGACUGCUUAUGACUAUAUCUAUGAUUAUCAUGAUACUCUCCAUGAGAAAGGUGAGGCACUCCUAUCAAUAAAGCAAAAGGCUACUAACUCUACUACCCUAUGAUAGACUAGUGGAAAAUGCCUACAUAAUCAGCUUUAUUUAAUAAGAUAUUAGACUAUAAAAUUGA